UUCUUUAUACCCUCGCGUACUUUCGAUCUCGGAGAAUACAGCCGGCAAGGGAAUACAGACGGCCCCUCGACACGCGCGAAAGGAAAUCGCAAUUUUCUGCUAAUAUAAUUGCCAGUAUGCCAUUCCACAAACACGAAAAUCCAGUUGGCAAUGGACCAAUUGCGAAUAUUAAUUUGACAACGAACUAAAAUGAAUUCGAGUAAAAGCUAUGGCACAUUUAAAGAUAAUACAUCGUACAAAGCUUAUCAAUCUACAUCCGCAGAAGUCAAGGACGGUUACACUGUACAACAACAGCUGCAGUACAGAAAAUAUCUAGAGAAACUCAAAAAUGAAUUCGACGAGCGAUGGUGUGAGAAGUCAAAAUCAAAAAUGGUUUUCUCGGAACUAGAACGUGUGCGAACUUUAGGUACUGGGGCGUUUGGGAGAGUUGUCCUUCUGAAACAUUCGAAGACCAACAAAUACUACGCAAUGAAAAUCCUGGAGAAAGAGAAAAUCAUCAAAUUGAAGCAAGUGGAACACACCCUCUAUGAAAAACAAAUACUCGAAGCGAUUCGAUUUCCUUUUACCGUGUCGAUGGAAUUUAGUUUUAAAGAUAACAGUUACAUUUAUUUUAUAAUGCCGUUUGUACCUGGAGGGGAAAUGUUCAGUCAUCUACGAAAAAUGGGCAAGUUUGAGGAGCCUAUCGCAAAAUUCUAUGCUAGCCAAGUUGUAUUGGCGUUAGAAUAUCUUCAUUUCUGCGAACUUGUUUAUCGAGAUUUAAAACCAGAAAAUAUAUUGAUCGACAAGAAUGGAUAUCUCAAAAUAACCGACUUCGGGUUUUGCAAAAAAAUAACCGGCAGAACAUGGACUUUAUGUGGAACACCAGAAUAUUUAGCUCCUGAAUUAAUUUUAAGCAAAGGUUAUGGAUUUUCGGUUGACUGGUGGUCUUUCGGUGUGUUACUGUAUGAAAUGAAUGCAGGCUAUCCUCCCUUUUACGCCAAUGAUCCAAUGAAAACUUACGAGAAAAUUGUGUCAGGGAAAUAUCGUUGCCCGUCAAAUUUCAACGGAGAUCUGAGAGAUCUUGUGAGGAACACUCUUCAAGUUGACAUCAGUAAACGUUUUGGAGUAAUGAAAAAUGGAGUACUGGAUUUCAAAAAUCACAAAUGGUUUAAAGGCGUGGAGUGGGAAGCUAUACUGAAUUGUCGAUGGCCUCCGCCGUUUACUCCCAAGUUUAAACAUCCCGGGGACACUACUAACUUCGAGCGUUAUGAUGAAGAACCGAUACUGCCAUCUUCAUAUUGCCGAUUUGAAUCGGAAUUCAUUGAUUUUUAACAACAUAUAAGACAAUAUACAAUAAUAAACGUUUUUCCGUUACUUAUUAUCUUUAAAUUUUUAAAUUCGUAUUCAUAACGAAAACAAACAAUAAGAAGGGUCUCGUAAACGCAACAUCCGUUUCGAAAGUCGUAAAUCUAACAGUUUGUUUUUAUCUUUGACACCAUAUUUGCAUCCGAUUCAAAAUGGAGAUAAAGCACGUGCGAGAGACUCCAUCACUCCAGUCACGGCAUGCGCCGGCGCAUAGAGGGGACUUCACAGUGAGGGCACACGACAUAAUGUCUAUUUUUAGAUUAUAACGCAAUGGACGUAGACAAAAGGUCCAUCACUUAUCUGUAAUACUAAAUAUAUUAUGAAUGAACUAAUUAAAACUUUAGAACACG